CUGAAGUUAAACAAAGCAGUAGACGACACAGAACAGGUUUUUUAUGACUAUAGAAUAAUAGUUUAUGUGAUUACAUAAGUUUAUCAAUUGUUGUUGUAUAAGUUUGAAGGGAUAAACGUGAUGUCCACAACACUAGUACGAACAUGGCUGCUGUGUUUGUGUGUGCAUGCAAUUGGUUGGACCCACAGCUUGCACAUCAAAGCACCCAGCUCGGUACAAUUUGGUGAGACUGUUCCCAUAGAAUUCUUUUGGGACGACGCAACACAUACAAUUGAUGUAUUACAUUUUGAUCCAUUUGACAACACAUUGAUAAAGAUUGCUGGGUGCGCCAAAAACUUUUUAAACAAAACUAUAUGCAGUCUUAAUGACACCAAGCAAUCCAAGGACUAUUUAUUUUUGGGAAAGCUGAAAAGUACAUUCCUUUUGAUUGAAAACUUAAGACCAGAAACAGCUGGAAUUUAUUUAUUCCGAGACGCGUAUAAUAAAGAUGUUAAUUCAAGCAUCAAGAUACAACCAAAUUGCCCGGCAAUAGGGGUUACAAAUGACGAUGGAAUUUAUACAUGGUUUAUAGGGAUAUAUGUGAUGCUAAUUGCCCUCCUGCUGGUCCAUCUCCCUGCAAGAGCCAACAGACAGAUUUGUCGAUUUUGUCGAUGGAUUUGUCGAUUUACAAGACAGGCAGAGGAUGCGGGUCUACCGGUCGUUGCUAGUGAUGACAGUUUUCCAUUGACAGUGGUUUCCAUUCGCAACGAAGAACAGGAUCAAACUAUUUCACUGCAAUAUUCUAAAGGAAAACAACCAAAAUCUGAGACGAAUGACCCCAUGGCGUGAAAAAGAUCAGUGUAUCAAACAAAUUGGGACAAAGAUUACCAACCACGUUUAGAAGAAAAUGUGUUAUGUCUUUAUGGCUGAGUUGUGGACAAAUGGAUGAUAGUAGUGUUUGUUUCUUUCUCUUUUUUGUAUAACCGUUUAUAUUACAUGCAAUUUUAUAGAACUUCGUAUAUAGAUAUUGUCUAUUUGUGUGUUGCUCACCUGAGGACAGUGCUUGUAAUCAGCUUUUGUGAUAACCUUUUGCAUGUCGUACGUAGUUCACCUAUAAGCUUGUUAAUAUUCUAGAAGCUACAUUUAUUGUCAAUUCAUCAUAACACUGUGCUCGAACAUUUGUCCCAAUAAUAUCUUGCUUAGUAAGAAACUUGAUAACGUAAUGUUAAAACUAGUUCAACAGAUGAAAGUAUAGAAAAUGUUUGUCAAUACUUUAGAAGUCACAAUUUAAGUCCAAUCUUCAUCCUGUAGCCUUUAACUUGCUCAAAACAUUUGUUUAAAUGAUACCCGGUACAGUUUGAAAAGGGCUUUGGUGUGCUGAGACAUGGCUGCCAGGGGCACGCAGUUUUUCUUAUAUGGCAAUAGUAAACCCUUGUGAAUCUUAAAAGCACUUGUUUGUUUUCUAAAAAUACAGUGGAAUGUGCUUACAAGCUUUGUUCUGCAAUUAAGAAACCAGUUUGUUGAUAUAAAGAAUGAUUCUACACAAUACAAUUCAUGCUCUGAAUUAAAUUAAUGACGACUAUGACAUUUAUUCUCUUUAUAAAGUCAUCUGAAUAUUAUUCUCCCUUUGAAAUAUAAGAGUAAAAUUUGCGAAAAAAUAACAUUGUUGUUUCGUUUGUUUCCGAAGAGCAUUAUUUUGAUUGGUUGGUGAUAAAAAAGUACACACAUGUUUUAUGCUAUCGGAAUACGCUUUUCUUAAUUUUCUCAAACGUUCAUGUAGUAACAUUUAUUUUUGCACAACAUCUAUUACGGGAGAAACAAUUGUUUAUAACUUGAAUUGUGUCUGAACUCCAACCAUGAAAGGUCUUCAAAACAGAAAAACAUUUUACCCCCCCCCCCCCCCCCCCAUCAUUUAAAGUAAUUCUAAUCCCAGAAUUGGGGGCUAAUUACAUUAUCGAUAUUUUUAAAAUAAUUAUAACUAAAAUAAAACAAAAACAUGUUCAGGCAAUUAAACACUCUAAUAAGCGAUCAUUAAUGGAGGUGAUUUGUCUUUUAUCCUUCACAAUCAAUUAUGAUGAACGCAUUAAAUGGUUAAUAUACAGACUAAUUAAACGUGCAAUCGGAACGAAUUAUUCCAUCAUUUUAAUGAGCUAAAACCUCUUAUAAGUUCCUUUUGAAAAGUAGCAGACAGAAAUAGAACACCGAUUUUUGGAGUUCCUUUUAAAUUAUAUUUUUCCAAAAACAAUGUAUCCUCAUUGUAACACGAGAAAUUUCAUUAUAGGAUAUCAAAACCCAAAAAAACAUUAGUAAAUAGAAGUUUAAUCAAUACAAAACUUAACGUAUACAAAUGCAAAAUGCAAUCAUUAAUUAUUUUUUUUUUUUGAAAAAAUAGGUAGCCUAUAAAUGCAAUAAUAAACUGCUGAAUUGCUUUUAAAUAUAAUAAAUGAAUACGACGCAAAAUGGAAAUAUGUGCUUUAUGAAAAAAAAACACAUCAUGGUCGUAGAUCGGGACCCUAAUUAACAUAAUAAAUUUUAACAAAUAACAGAUGUGUGUUGGUUUCUUUUUUGUGUUAUAUCUCCUAUAGUGUUUACUUUGUUCAAAUUAAUUUAAAUUGUAAAAUUUUCUCUCUAACGGGCGUUUCUUGUUUGAUUUAUUUUUUAUUUUAUUUUUUAUUUUCGUUAGCAGUCGCAUAAACAACCAAGCUAUGUAAUAUGGAAUUUGUACACCCAAUAUUGCUGCUUCUUCCUGUAUCUGCACGAUGAUGAUCUCAAAUAUUAGCCAUGUGAUGUUAUAUUCUUAAAUCUUUUUGUAAAAAGAAAAAGGGAUGUAGUUAACAUUUGUUCGUAAUUUCAUUUCAUCGUUCAUAACAUAGUUUUAACUCUGUUGCUCUGGUCUCUUUCCUACCAUUGAGUAAUUAAAUGGUAAUUACAUUUAAUGGGUUUAAAUUCACUUUCUAUAAUUGUUUAAUUUGAGUUACAAUGCUAUGAGAUAUAUUUCAUUUACACUAUUAUGUAUCAUGAAUAUUACUGGGCCAAGUGUGAGGUUGAGCGCUCUAGAACCGGUUUCAACCCCCAAUGCUUUGCAUUGACCGUUCCAAGGCGGUGACCCCAGCUAUAUUCUUCAAUGUGUGUAUGUUGAUUCGUAUUUUGCUUUUUCGUAUUGUUUUGGCAAUUGGUCACUUGCCUUAAAUAAAGGAACAACAAAUUGUAUAUAAUGAGAAUGCAAUACUGCUCCAGCAGAUGGAGUUUCAUUUCUGUAUAUUGAACAACUGUCUCUAAUUCCUAUGCAAUAGUCAUUUAUAUUUAAUACAUUAUCAUACUGCAAUAUAUUUCUUUAAAAGUGUGCACACAUUUCGUGAGGGGUCAAGAUUGCCUUAUUUACUUAACUGUCAAACCUGACCUGUUAUGGAUAUUUUACGCCUUAACCUCUGUGAAACAACAUUUAUCUUCAAAUUGAAAUGUCCUUGUCGUAUGUUUGUAAUGAAGUCUUUUUUAAAAUUUGUAUAUUUUAGUAAUGCUCGCAUGCGAUAAUUUAAGUCCUGAAAUGUCGCUUUUUGUGAAGUUGGUAUAUUUUGUGUUUUGAAGGUAUGGUUUCCAUUUUUGCGCGGUGACUGUUUGCUGUUACUUUUCCACGUACUUAUCGUUCUUAUCCUUUACAAAAAAAUUGUAUUCAUUUUUGUUUUAUGCAUAACUAAUUUUUAUUUAAUAUUUGUUAAAGGAAGAAACAAUUCGCCGUUAGUAUCAAAUAAUAUGGCAUGCCUUCUAUUUUUCUAUGUGCUUGUUUUAAUUUUGUAUCAAUAUACUUCAUACUUGUUAAACCUAUAUUUGAUUAAAAAAUGAAAUAAAAUU